AUGUACUACAACGAUUAGUAGAAGUAUGAUUAGAGGAGAGCUAAUUUAGACUUGAAUGAAAGUGCUUUAAGAACAGAAAUAACUCCUGAAGGUGUGUUUCAACAAUUUUACUCUUCAGAAUUGGAUCAAAUCAUUUAGUACAAAUUAAUAAUAAAGCAGGAAGGAGUUCUAGAAUCCAAAAUAUCUAUAAGAGAUUUCAUUAGAUGGAACAAAGUUCAAGUAUUAGAAUGAACAAUUUGAUUAUUCAUUUCCACUUUAAUCGUAAACAUUGUACUAUAAACCAAAACUGAAAGAUAUAUUUGAAUUUGAAGUAUUCCCUCAUACAAGACCUAAUCCAAAGUGUUUGGCAGUAUAAAAAAAUAAGAUUGCAAUAGCUUAUGCAGAAUCUUUGUAAAUAUGGAAUAAGAAAAAAGAGAAAGAGUAUAUACUACAAUUAGGUGAGAUAUCAUGUAUGGAUUUUAGUAAGGAUGGAAAUUUAUUAAUUUGUGGUUAAAAUAAAACUAUUUUAUUGAUAGAUAGUAAUAAAGGUAUUUUGGUAUAAACAUUUCCAAAUAUUCAUAUACAAAGAAUAAUAGUAAUAAAAUGUAUUUGGAAAAAUAAAGAGGAGUAGUUUGUAACAACUUCAAUAGACGCAUCAGGAUAAUCUUUAUUGAUUAAUUAUACAAAGAGCAUAUUCAGUUAUUCAAUAGAUGAAUGGGAAUUGCUUGAUACAAUGUAAUUUCCAACAGGAUCAAUGAAAUAUAUUUAAAUGACAGAGAAUCGUAUAUUAAUAGGAAUCAAUAGUAUUUAAUUUUUUUGGGUUGUUUAUGUUGAAAUCACAAAUACUAAAGAGAUAAUGUUUAAAUUGGUUUAUGAAUUUAAGAAUCCAAGAAAAGUGAGAGAUUCAUCAAUAUUUAAAACAUCUUGUGCUAUAGGGAGAGGUCUUGUGAGAAUAAAAGAUUAAUUGUAGAGAAGAUAUGUAAUUGCAUUUGUAUGGGAUAAUAAAUUGCAUCAUUUAGUUUUGGAGAAUGACAGAUAAAUUGAAUUGGGUUCAUCAAUAUUUCAUAGAUCUUAAUAUAUAAAUACAGGGAGUUUAGUGUAUGAAUGUGAAUUUUUGAAGGAUUCUCUUUAUUUAUUGUACUCUGAAAAAGGAAUAAUAAUUAUGAAUACUCUUCAUAUUGAUAUGAAUUUAUCAGAAUAAUAGUUAAGUUCAAUUAAACAUUAAUAUUUUGAUAAUCCAGGAUAUAGGCCUACAGGAUAUUAAUUUAGAAGGUGUAAAACAUUAAUGAAAAAAGUUACUCAAUAAUAUGUCAAACUAAAAUUGUACAAUGAUCCCAUUUGUAAUUAUAGUCAACAAUUUUCUCAUUAUAAUGCUCUUUUUAAUGAUAGAUGCAUUUAAAGUAGUUUGGUUGGGCAAGCAAAGAUAGUAAAAUAUUUAAUUCAAGAGGAAGAGUGGCUUUAUUGUAUGAAUUAUGUAUUGAGUUUAUAUUUGGGUUUUAAUGAAUUUUACAGUGAGUUUAUAGAAUUGAAUAAGGAUGAAAGAUAUUCAUUAAUAAAACAUAGUGUUGAAGAACUAUCAUUGAAAUAUAUAAAGGUUUGUAUGUAACUGAUUCAGACUAAUAUUUCAGCUAUGUAGGAUGCUAGUAAGUAUAAAUUGUAAGAAUUGAAGAUGACUAAUCAGAUUAUGUUAUCAAUAUUGAUAGAAUUUUUGUUGAAGUGUGAUUCAUAUGAUUUGUUAUUUGAAAGGAUUAUGAAUGAUGUCAAUCAAAGUCUAAAAGAUAAUCAUUAGUUUUUUUUAUAUUGUUUAUAACCAUUUUAUUAAUAAAAGUAUGUAAGAAGGAUUCCUAUGAGUAUGUUGAAUAAAAUUAUUGAAAUAUACAUUAAUGAAAAAAGAUUAGAUUUAAUUUAGAUGUUAAUUUAAUCUUUGGAUCAUAAGAUAAUAAAAUCUGAUCAAUUAAUUAAGAUUUGUUUGAAGUAUGGAUUAAUGAAGAGUCUAGCAAUAAUUUGUUUUCAAGGGGAUAUGGAAUAAUACUUGACUCCAAUCUUAAAAAUUUGGUCAGUUAUUUUAACAAUGAUAGAGAAAUCUCAAUUUGAGACUUGUAUUUAUUAUGCAUGUAGAGCAUUGGCUAUCAUAAAAAUGAUCUUUAUUAAUAAUGAUGCUUUGGGGGAUAUAAUGGAUGAGAAAAAAUAAAUAGAGAUCAAAAAAUAAUUGGUCACUUGGUUAUUAAAUGAUUAGACUAUAGAAAAAUUAAUGACUCUGUAAACAAUAUCUACAUUUGAAGUUUUGUUAAAGGUUUUGGAAUACUAAAAGCAAUAUGAUAAUAGUAAUUUUAGUAGAACUAUGUUAAUCAUUAGUAAAGUGAUAAGUGUGAUAUAAGCAGGAGAAAAUGAGUUUUAAAAAUCAUUUUAAUAAAUUUACAAACAGGAGAGUUUUUUGGAUGAUUUGCAAAUUUAAUUUAUAUUAUUUUAAAUAAGAUACUUUAUUAGUUUUGGAGGACAUGGUUCCAGAAUAGUUGAAUUUUUAAGUUAUUUGUUAAAGAAUCCACAAGUAUUUUGUUGGAUUUAUUUUACUGAAUUAAUUGAUAGUAUUAAAGAUGAUUAAAAAAUGAAAGAUUUAGUGUAAUAAUGGUAUUAUAAAAAAGAUAUAAUAGAAUUUUUGAAAUGUUAAUAUUUUAUAAAUAUAGCAAUAAAAUUGGAAUAGGAAAUAUCAAGUGCAGUUUUAGGAUUGAGUUAUGAAGCAGAUUUCACAACAUUUUCAAUGAUUAGUGUAUAUUUUGCUGAGAGAAAGAAAGAGUAUACUAGAGCAUUUAAUUUCUUUUUGACUUCACAAAAUAGAUUUGUAAGAAGUCUUGUAUUUGAUUGGGUUGAGAAGAGAAUGAAGGAAUUGCAGGAAUCAGAUCAAGAUAAUUUUAAUCAAAUGAAAUCAGCUUUAAUAUUGAAGAUUAGUGAUUUAAUACAAAUAGAUUGGAAUAAAACUAGAAUUAUAUUUUCAAAUUAUAAUAGUGAAUCAGAGAAGGUAGUAAUUGAGAAAUUAUCUUAAUUUCCAGAAUUACAAUUACAAUAUAUUGAAAAUGUGAUUAAAAGAGAGAGAGAAUUAGGUAAUAAAUUAGAUUCCAACUUUCUAAUAAUCAAUAUAUAAUUAUUAUGCUAAUUAAAUCCUGACAAAAUAAUUGAAGAAGUUUCAUAACAUGAUUAUCCCUUAGAGGAGAUAUUAGAGCCUUGCAAAUAAUUUAAAAUAUUACCAGCUUAAGCUUAUAUUUUAGAGAGAAUGGGAAGGAUAGUAGAAUCAGUUUCAAUUUCAUGUUAAAUACUUAGAUAGAUUAUAUAAAAGCAUAAAACUGAAUUAGAUUAAAAUUAUAAGUUAUCAAUGAGAUUAGGUGGAGGAUCAGAUGAACAUCAUAAACUUGCUAAUUUAAAAGUUUUAUUUCCUAUGGGGAAGAAGAAAUAGAAGGGUGGUUAAGCUUAGCAAGAUAUUAAUAUUAUGAAACCAUUUGAAGAUGCUAAGUUGGCUGCUACUAAUGAGAUAGUUGCUUAGAUUUAGAAAAUUGUAAAGGUUUGUAAGAAUGAUAAAUUUGAAAAGAAUGAAGAGAAAUGGUAUACUUUAUUAGAUCAAUUAAUUGAUAUAAGAGAUAAUUUAAUAUUUGAUAGUCCAUCUUAGAAUUUUAUGAAGCAUAGUAUAUUCACAACUCAAAUAUGUCAUAUAUUUGCAACAAUUGCAGAGGUUUCUAAUUUAGGAUCUCUAAUUUAUUAAUUAUCAAAUAGAUAUAAUAAUUUAGAUUUAGGAUAAUUAAAGAAGGCAUUUUAGGAAAUAAUUCAAAAUUACUUAUAUACUUAGCAUUUGUAAUCAAAUGUUUAAUUUUUAUUAAUGAAUGAUAUUUAUGAGAAAUUAAGUGUUUAUAUACAAAGAUCUAAGAUUGGUAUAACAAGUAAUAGAGUUUGUUAUAAAAAUAAAACAGAGUAGAGUUUAGAUGGAGAUUGCAAAAUUAGUAAUGAUGAUUUUGUAGUUUUUGAAUGUAAACAUAAUUAUCAUAAGAAAUGUGUAAUGAUGUAUUAAGGAGUGGCAUUUUGCAAUUUAUGUUUCAAAAUAGAUCAAACAUACUCGUAUAAAUUAAUGAAUUCUAAGAUUUUAGAAGGUGCCACAAAUUUAGAAUAGGAUGAUAAUGAAUUAUUGAAAGAAGAGAUUGAGAAUGUGAACAAAUUCAAUAAUUAGUCAAGUUAGUAAAAUAGUGAUGAUGUAAAAUUCAUACCAAAAGUAUCAGAAGAAACAAUUGAAAAGAGAGUAUGGUAUUAUUAUUAUUAUAGAAAAAAAGAGUGAAUAAACUUUAUUAUUUUGACAGAAAGAGAAAUGACAAUUAUAAUAUAAUGGAGGAAACCAAUAAAGAUAUUGAUUAUUUUAAUAAUCAGAAUGAAAUGAAAAGGAAGAAAUAAGAGAUGGAAGAGAAAUAAUAGAAACUAAAUAAAAAAAGAAAAUGA